ACGCGUAUCAUUGGCGUGUCGUGGCAGCACCAGCAACGUUUCUUUGCGGUAAAUCUCCCUUAAUUCACUAAAAAUUUCUACGGUAAGUACAAACGCUGUCAUAUUUUCUGAAACAGAUCCUUGAGCGCUUCUCGUUUUCAUCCCGUGCCCUUUCGUUCUUUUAUAUCGAAAGCUUGGCGACCACAUCGUGUCUAAAGUACAGCCUAAGCCUAUCAGGUAUCUUGCCGACUUAGAUAUAAUCAAGUUAUGCCAGAAGGGCAGCCAUAUGAUAGAUGCUGAUAUUUCCCAGAGUUCUCAACUGGUUUCACGAGCCCAGGACAUAUCUCGUUCAUUGGUGACACCGUUGUCAAACGUGUUCUAUGUUCUCAAGAGUCACACGCUACGAGGCUUUUCGGGAAAGAAACGACUAUUCCCCCUGUCGCAUGGGUGUGCGUCAAACUUGGGCUCUGGAUGUACUUCCGCAUCGCUGUAUUGCUAUGGCAUUAUGUGUUUCAGCUCAGUUGAAUCUCAUGCCAAAAUCCUCACUUGUACCGUUUUGCCGGUCCGCUUGUCGAGCCUGGAAAGGUGUAUGGCCCGGGGUCGUCUCUUCAACGAUUCUGAUGCGGGGUCGUUGAGAUCGUAUGCUCACAUGGCGGUAUGGUAUAGCUUCAAAUGGUUCAACAUAAUAGGACCGUUUGUUUUAAUGGUGCCUUUGGUAUUUACACACCAAGACAUGCAAUAUGCGAAGUCUGAUGCUCGGUAAAGACGGGGAAGCUUCGUGAUGGACUGGAAUGAUGCUGGGUUUCAUCCCGAAUGGUUUGAGGGUGCGAAUGUGAGGGAAAUCCCUCCUUUGCACGGGGAUAGCGGUUGUGGAAUUUCGUGAAUAUUUAGGAAUUUCAUUUCGGAGGCUAAUGGCCUUACGUCGACACGAUACUAUUGUCUUUUGCGUUAAUCAGCACUGGUUUACCUGACUUUGUAUGUCGUGCUGUG